UGAGAUGAAGGCGGCCAAGGGGAGAUUGUUUCCAAAUUAAGCUCGAUAUUUCAACUUAAAUAACUCAUGAUUGAGCGAAACUUGUGAAGCGGAGAAAUGGCAGCAAGGAGUGAAGAUGGUGACAGGAAGCCAAUCGUUACAUAUCACGGUGAUCAGGAGCUUUUCUCUUCAAUCCGAGCGGAGGUUUUUAACACUCUACCCAGGGACCCAGUAGAAUGGCGCAGAUCUUAUGGCAGAGGGCCCAAGUUGAUCUUCAUGGAUGUCACCUUUGUUCCCUUCACCCCCGAUCAGUUGGCCAAAGAAAACGAGCGCACCCUCUUCAGAAAGCCCUGCUUUCACAUCUACUUCACGGACUGUGCAGAUGCCGAUGCCUACAAGCUGGUUGUCAAGGACGACAUCACCGCCUGGCAACAGAGCUUGAAGGAGCGCAACGUGUCGGAAUGGCUGAUCGUUCUCGUGGAAACGGCCAAUCUGAAGCGAGGGAACAAGUCCAAACUCCUGCCGCGAACGUCGGUGUUGGACAAAAUCAGAAGUGACUUCUGCAGCAAGCAAGAAAGAAGAGUGAUCGUUCUCAAUGAGCCCAAUAAUCCCGUACCCACCAAUCGCUCGUUAGAGUCCUGGCAACUCUUCAUCCAGCGUCUGCGGGAACUGCUCCUGGCGGCCUACAGUCGCGUCUUGUUGCGCUUUGAGGAGAUCGUCCGUGCCGAGAGGGAACGACGGAACGACAGGGGGUGGGACUUUUGCAAGUAUUUCCUUCUCCAGGAGGAGCUAGCAUUCACCUUUCAGCUUUUCCAUUUUGAGGAGGAUGCCCUGGUUCAGUAUGAUGAGUUAGAUGCCCUGUUCUCACAGUUUAUCAUCAACACACACGCCGGAGACAAUCCUGCCUGGCUGUCCUCCUUCGUCGCCCCAUGCACCUGCUGGGACGGCCUCAACCUCCUCCCCAGUGUUAUUGACGGCAAGCGAUCGCUUCUUGAGACCGGUAACGUCGCGCUUCUGGAACUGCGUAACUACCUCUUUGCCCGUCAGUGCGUGCUGCUGUUCACCAUGCAGAGGCCAUGGGAAGUGGCGCACAGAGCCCAGUCAUAUCUGCACAACUGUGUACAGGAAUUGAAAAUGUUAGAGGUUUCCAUGCCGACAGGGAGCAUGGCAUGCUGGGUCUUUCUGAGUUGCCUGGAAGUGUUGCAGUCCUGUGAGAAGUACACGGACUCGUCCAACGUUGAGAAUUAUUCCCACUUCACAGCCAGCCUGUGGGUGUACGCUCAGACUAAGUUACGUGAACUAGGGGAGCUGUGUGGUCUGAUGCCGGACUCCACCUCCAACUCGGACCAGCUGCACCUUGUUGUAAAUCUCCUCUCGGGCAUGGGCCAGACUCAAGAAGCCAGCGUGAUCGAGAACAGCCCCAAUCAGAAACUCAGGGAGGCUCUGAGCUCGUCGGACUCAUUCCAGAAACACUACUUGGAACUUUCUGAGUUGGCCAUGGGAACUUUUAAGCAUAUCAAGCGCAUGAGAUCAGCCCGGCUCAUUGGAAAGGACCUUGCCACUUUUUACAUGAAAAAGGGAGAAUGGACGAAAGCGGAGACGUUCCUGAUUGACGCGGUCCGCAUCUAUGAGAAGGAGGGCUGGCAUCUGCCUGUCACUAACACUCGAAGACAGAUUGCAACAUGCCAAAAGGAACUGGGCAACAAGCAUAAAUAUCUCAAGACCUGCUGCCUCCUGGCUGGCGACUGUGCAUUAGCCAUGCAGGAGAGGCUGGAGUUCCUUCAGGAGAUGCUGAAAAUAGCCAAGGAACUGGCUGAGGAACGCGGGGAACCAGACGACGAGGAGCAAUCACUGAAAGUAGCACUGGUCCCGCUCUAUUCGGUGGCUCGUCUUACAAGUAUCGACCUGAAACCGGAAGACGGGAAACUAGGAAAGAACGAAGGAGGUGAAAUCUUCUUGCGUAUCCAUAGCAACCUCCCAGAAACCGUCGCAGUGGACAAAAUCACCCUGGCGGUCAACCACGAGACGCAGGAUGCUGAGGACCAAUCGAAUCAGCUCCCGCUCCCAAAGAGCCAAUCACAGAGCAGCUUCAAGAGUCUCUCACCAACGGUCGACCAAUGGGGGACGGUGACAGACGGGUACCUGCGUUCUAUCUUCCUGGGCAACCAGCAGACCAUGAUACCGGAAUUGAUGCAGGACAUCAGGUACCAGACCAAGGACGGCAAGCGGAACUUGGACUGUGCCAUCAUCUACUGCAAGAACGCCUCGUCUGUGUUGAGAAGAGAGGACAGCUCCUCGUCUCUGGGGAAAAGUUUUGAGGUCCUUCAGAAGGAAGAUUGCAGUCACCCGUUGCACUUGGAGCAUGUGGAGAUCAAACCAGGAGAUAACACAUUAUCGUUUGCAUUCAAGGCAUCGGAUAACGGCCUGUACUCUUGUAAACAGUUGAUGAUGCAGUUAGGGGGAGUGGAGUUAUUGCUGCCCAGCAUUCAGCCGACUAUCGGCAUGGAGGUGUCUAGUCCAGACCCACAACUGACUGUAACUCCUAAGAAUGGUUCUGUUCUUCUAGCUGGUAUCCCUCAAGAGAUCUACCUGACAAUCUUCGCUGGUUACUACACCGUUACGUCACAGGACACCCUGUCUAUCCAAACCCUGGGCCGGCUCCGGGCCCUACCUGCCGACGAGGCGGAUGGAUACGGCGUGAGAACAGAGGAGAGCGGCGCUACGGUCAGCCUGCCGGAUAUCCCUGCCUUCCAGACUAGAGAGUUCAGCGUGAUGGUCAUGACGUUGCUUGUGGAUUCAGGGGCGGAGCCUGGCGAGGAAGAGGAGGAGGAGCUAACGGAACAAAAGAAAUGUCACAUUUUGCCUUCGCAGAUGACCAUCUGGUGUCCGUGGUCAGAGACGGUUAUAGCCACGCUGACGUUCCAGCAGCCGUUCCACAUCAAGCAUCAGCUCCAUACAGCUGGCAAGAGAAAGCUUGUACAGCUGUCGGUGGAUAACAUUUGCAGCAUGCAGUUCAUGCUAACGUCGCCUGAGCUUACAUCAGAUGGUCCAGUGCAGUUGCAGAGUGUUAACGGCAAGAAUGCCACUGCUACGCUGUGCGCCGGCCAGACUAUGUCAUACGUCUGGUUUCUCAGCGACUCGCAGCAGCAGACAGACGAGGCGGAGUUCCGAUUCACCCUGACGUAUACUGCACUAGGGGAGGGGGACACCGUGCCAAACGGGGAGGGGAACACUGUGACAAAUGGGCAGGGGGAGCCACAGCAACUUAGCCACAGUUUCAACCUGAAGGACUACAAGACGAAGUACAUGGUGAGCUCGACAAUCGCACCGCCCUCUAGUGAUGAGUUCUGUCGCGCAGGGACCCUCUGCAGCCUUCAGCUCCACAUCCAGUCGGCCCUCGACGACCACCAGCCAAUCACAGACCAGAACAGCCCGUCACUCAUGUACCAGGUGCUGGCUGACAAGCACAUGUGGGCCGUCUGUGGGCGGAGCACCGGGGUCGUUGCCAUGCCGACCAGCCAGGAGGGCGUGGAUGUGUCGCUGGAGGUCAUGCCCUUAUUGGCUGGUUUCCUGCCCGUGCCAAAGGUCAAACUCACCAACUACAUAACAGGAACCCAAGAAUUAUCAGGAACCCAACCCGUCACACAAGUUGUCCUGAAUCAACCAAGCGAGGGCAGUAUAAUCCCUGACGGCACCACCGCUUCCAGUGAGCUAGACGGCCCCGCUGCGUCGAGCAUGAACGGUCUGACUGAGCCGGUGUCCCACAUCCCGGCAGCCACUGAAAAGACUAGUCCUGCUUCCCUGGUGCCCUUCGCAGCCGGUCAGGUGUACUACCGAAGCCUGGCGACCCAGGUUCGAGUCCUACCCGAGUCCGAUAUCACCGUUUUAGAUGUAGCCGUUCAGUGAACUGUUCAUAACAUCAGUAACUUUGGUCUGGUUCCCAGGUGGCUCGGCAGUGCUGUAAUAUAGACGCUCAUCCCAGUCACCAGUCUAAGACUGUUUUAACCCUCCUGCUGUUUUAACAGUCACAGACAGUCGAAAGUUCAAUCCACUUCCCCUGCCAAGCCUUUUACACAGACUAGUCACAAACAGUCGGAUCAUAUUUUGAGCAAGCACUCUGACUGGUCAAAUGGAGUCAACAGACAAAGCAUGCAACUGGUGGCACAGCGGACUUAUCAAUCACCUACAGUCAAAGCACAGGUGUAUCAAGUUACAUAAACGGUCACAGCCAGUCAAUCCUGCUUUAAGUAGGCUGGGAGCUCUUAACUGUUGAUAACAGUAACUUGAUUGAUUUUGACUGAAAGGACAAUUUGGCACAGAAUGCAUGUUUGAAUAGGAGGGUUAAUAGUUGUGGUUCAUUUAUGAAAGCUUGGCUUUAGUUUUGGCUGUGGCUCUUGCAAUAGAUUCAGCACUGGAAAGCCUUGAAUGGCUGCAAAAAGAGACCAUGGCUUAAAAUUCAAUCUCAAGAUUUCAUGUAAACCGCACUGUCGAGUUAAGACAUUUAUGAAAUCAUGGCUUUGGCUGUGGCUCUUGCAAUAGCUUCAGCACUGUUCUGAAGCCUCAAAAGAUUGCAAAAGAGUGGCUAUAACUUAUACUUCUCAUUUAAAGUUUAAUGUACAUACAGCUGAAAGUCACUAAGACAUCAGUUUAAAAGUCAAGGACAUCAUUAAGCCGUAAACUCGUACUGAAAUCCAGAUUUCACAAAAUGGACGUAGCUGCACACUUAUAAUUAUACCCAGUAUUGUAUAUAAAUGCUGAAAUGAAAGCUGUGUAUACUUUAUGUACAUGUGCCUGUGAUUGUAAAUUGUUCUCAAUUAUAUGUGCAAUACGUAUACAAUGUAGAUGUGAAUUACAUUUUCCCAAUAUAUGAACAGUAAUUAUUAAAAGGUUAAUUUGGAUCAACAAAAA